AUGGUCCCUAUAGAAGCCCCAAGCCCAACCCUGGUCCCUAUAGAAGCCCCAAACCCAACCCUGGUCCCUGUAGAAGCCCCAAACCCAACCCUGGUCCUUAUAGAAGCCCCAAACCCAACCCUGGUCCCUAUAGAAGCCCCAAACCCAACCCUGGUCCCUAUAGAAGCCCCAAACCCAACCCUGGUCCCUAUAGAAGCCCCAAACCCAACCCUGGUCCCCAUAGAAGCCCCAAACCCAACCCUGGUCCCCAUAGAAGCCCCAAACCCAACCCUGGUCCCUAUAGAAGCCCCAAACCCAACCCUGGUCCCUAUAGAAGCCCCAAACCCAAUGUCCUCAAACCCAACCCUGGUCCCUAUAGAAGCCCCAAACCCAACCCUGGUCCUUAUAGAAGCCCCAAACCCAACCCUGGUCCCCAUAGAAGCCCCAAACCCAAUGUCCUCAAACCCAACCCUGGUCCCUAUAGAAGCCCCAAAACCCAACCCUGGUCCCCAUAGAAGCCCCAAACCCAACCCUGGUCCUUAUAGAAGCCCCAAACCCAACCCUGGUCCCUAUAGAAGCCCCAAACCCAACCCUGGUCCCUAUAGAAGCCCCAAACCCAACCCUGGUCCCUAUAGAAGCCCCAAACCCAACCCUGGUCCCUAUAGAAGCUCCAAACCCGACCCUGGUCCCUAUAGAAGCCCCAAACCCAACCCUGGUCCCUAUAGAAGCCCCAAACCCAACCCCGGUCCCUAUAGAAGCCCCAAACCCAACCAUGGUCCCUAUAGAAGCCCCAAACCCAACCCUGGUCCCUAUAGAAGCCCCAAGCCCAACCCUGGUCCCUAUAGAAGCCCCAAACCCAACCCUGGUCCCUAUAGAAGCCCCAAACCCAACCCUGGUCCCUAUAGAAGCCCCAAACCCAAUGUCCUCAAACCCAACCCUGGUCCCCAUAGAAGCCCUAAGCCCAACCCUGGUCCCUAUAGAAGCCCCAAGCCCAGUGGGCUAGGAUAA